GGAUAGUGCACCUGGUUGCCUGCUAGUGCCUCUAGUACCCGCCCACAUAGGUCGAGCACGGUUUUAUUCUUGGGCUUUCAAGCGAGAAGAUCUAUCACUUCAAGGAUAAGCUAUCGGCCGAUCGCAACUACCACCGACCUGAUCCAAACCCAGCCUCCCAACUCGACUCGAUCUAUUGCUCUACGAACUGCAAUAAGAUACAAUCACAAUUCUUUAAAAAAAAAAGGUUACAAUCACAAGACAAUAGCUUGCACCCUAUUCGACUGCCUUUCACCCCACUGGAACCACCAAGGCCAACUGAAGCACAGGCCUAGAACACACCGCCAAGGUACCCGACCAAAAUCCCCAACAAAUCGAGCCAGCUCCACCACAACACCAAUUGAUCCAACGAAAUAUCCAGGCCGAUUGGCGAAAAAACAAAUUCAGAACCCAAAAUAGGUUCCAAGAUAUCAAUUUGCCGGUCACUCUUCCCAGUUUGAACAAUCCAUGGAUCCUCCUCAUGGAUGCAGGUCAUGGAGGCCGUGCUUACUUCACCAUCCCCACCACCAUCUUCACCAUCACCAUCAUCACCACCCCUUAUUCCUCAACCCCCACCACCACCACCAUCACCACCACCACUUCAACUGCCACCACCACCAUGUUCGCCCCAAUUUCACAUCUUUUGCUCAAAACCCAGAACAAGCUACUCCCGUUCCUUUCCCAACCUAUUCAAAGUCGGAAACUUCUGGGAUCAAAGGCGCGUACGAUUACAAUCCUACCCCCCUGGUAUUGCAGGAGCAGAAUCAUGAUGAUGUUGCGUUAGAAGAGGAAGAGGAUGAUGACCCAAUUUUCGUCUUAACUGAUGAAUGGAAAGAAUUUUUCGCGAAAUCUGAAGCUAAGAGGAAACUAGAGAGGAAGCAAGCUAAAAAGGGAAAGAAGUAAUGUCUCAAGAUUCCAAUGUCCUAGAAGAGUGAUAUGAAAUCUUGUUUCUCUUUGAGGUUAUGGGCUACGAGUCGAAUAGAAAUUUUUGUAUGUAUGACUCUGAUAUGGUGAUAUGAAUUUUGAUUGUGAUCCCAUUGUUAAGAUCAGUAAUUCUUGUAGACAUUUUCAUUGAGGUAUGUAAAUGAUGGAUUGAUAUUAUUCUCUGCCUUCUUGAAAAUAUAUGCAAGUACAGUACUCAAUGCAUUACAUUUUUA